AUGAUCUACCGGGCACCCACAUUCACCUACCAUGAUCUACCAUCACCUGCCAUCAUCUACCAGGCACCCACAUUCACCUACCAUGAUCUACCAUCACCUGCCAUCAUCUACCAGGCACCCACAUUCACUUACCAUUAUCUACCAUCACCUGCCAUCAUCUACCAGGCACCCUUAUUCACUUACCAUGAUCUACCAUCACCUGCCAUCAUCUACCAGGCACCCUUAUUCACUUACCAUGAUCUACCAACCAGGCAACCACGUUCACCUACCAUGAUCUACCAUCACCUGCCAUCAUCUACCAGGCACCCACGUUCACCUACCAUGAUCUACCAUCACCUGCCAUCAUCUACCAGGCAACCACGUUCACCUCCGGAGCCGCCGCCAGUCGUCUACCGGCAAGUCGGGAGUUCAGCGAGGAGAUGA